CACGGGCAACUACUGUGGUCAAGUGGUAGAACAGAACACCGUUAAAUUGAGCGUCGAUUUCUGGUGCAUCCACCUCGCGGUGUUCACUGGACUACCGUAUUGUCUAAGUGUGUCAGAACGUUCCGGGCAGAAUGGGAGUCUUUAUUCAGCAAUAGCUCCGCGGGUGGAAAGGUUCCCUGUUGCUUACUGUCAUCCGCGGGCCCUUUAAGGAUGCGGUCGCUGACAUUGACGAAAUUUCCUGGUUCUGAAUCGUUGUGGACCUCCCCGAAAAUCAACAAUCAACGCACACGGGUUUCUCGCAUGGAGGUGCACUUGCGUUUGACCCAAAGCUCUGGAGAAUUGACCAUCGUCUCGGACAACUGAAGGGAGGACGAGAUCUUUUAUGGAGACGACCGUCCAGGUCUGGGCGUGGGGAGUAAGGAGUCUUUGCGUGAUUUCUUAGUGCGCUUACUGUAGCGUUGCCAAGGCGAACCUCGGAAUCAAUUGCGAAAUCCAGUUGUUAAUGAAACUUCCCUACCAUUUAUGUGCAAGGGUUGCCGUUCGCCAUGCUGAGCUGAAGCGGAGGACGCCGUUGAACAUGCUAAAGCGCUUGGACAAGAUCCGUUUCAGAGGUCAGAAGCGAGACGAGUUCCUGGAUCUAUCCGAGUCUCCCAACGCGUCGGACAAUGAGUGCGGCGACGAAAUCCUUCUGAAGCCCCGCCCCUCCGGCCGAGACACGGAGGACCUCCGGGACCCCGCCAGCCCGGCUUCCCUCGCCAUGGCCGCCGCCAUCCAGGACCUCCAGAGGACCGAGUCGGACCGCCUCACCGAGGUCAAAGGUCACCUGGAGGUUGCCUUGCUGGAGAAGCACUUUUUACAGGAGGAGCUGCGAAAGAUUCGGGAAGAGACGAACAUCGAGGGCCUGAAGCAGGAGCUGGAGAAGGAGCGGGGAAAGAGGCUCGACCUGGAGCAGAAGAUGAACGAGGUGCUCAAAACCAGACUGGAAGACUCGCCGCCCCAGGCCCCUAAAUCACCAGCUGCCAACGGGACAGCGGACGCCCAGCGCGACACGUUCUGCUCGCGCACGCAGAAGUGGCUGCGCGACAAGCUGGGUGCCUACCUGGAGGACUUCCGCUUCCAGCCAGAAGAGAGCGCCGUGGAGCCGGACGAGCCACUCAGCGCUAAACGGCUAACGGAGAACAUGCGACGACUCAAGAGAGGCGUCAAGCCUGUCACUAGCUUCCUAAGGAACCUCUCUGCCUUAUCGAGCUGGCACUCUGUGUACACGUCAGCGAUCGCCUUCAUAGUCUACAUGAACGCUGCUUGGCAUGGCUGGGCCAUCCCUUUGUUCCUGUCCCUCGCCAUCCUGAGGUUGUCCUUAAAUUACCUCAUCUCAAGGGGCUGGAGGAUCCAGUGGAGUAUUGUGCCUGAAGUCUCGGAGCCUGUGGAACCACCAAAAGAAGAACUCACCGUGUCGGAGAAGUUCCAGUUAGUCCUGGACGUUGCGCAGAAAGCACAGAACCUUUUUGGCAAGAUGGCCGACGUGCUGGAGAAGAUUAAGAACCUCUUCAUGUGGGUGCACCCUGAGAUCACGCAGAAGCUGUACGUCGCUCUGUGGCUGGCCUUCAUCGCGUCCUGCUUCCUCCCCUACAAGCUCGUGGGCUUCAUGAUUGGGAUCUACGCCGGCAUCAAGUUCUUCAUCAUCGACUUCAUCUUCAAGAGCUGCCGCAAGCUGCGGGAGAAGUACGACACGCCCUACAUCGUGUGGACCCACCUGCCCACCGACCCCCAGCUGAAGGAGCGCUCCAACGCCAACCUGUCCAGACGGCUCCAGCCAGUGACGUCGCGCAGCGCCCUGGCGGCCAGCGCUCCCUGCAACAUCGGCCGCGAGGAGGAGGGCGGCCGACUUUACAGCACCAAGAAGGGCGCCUUCCACGAAGUGUUCAACCUGUCGGAGAGCGAGCGCCCCCUACCGGUGUGUGAGAACGGGUGGCGGUGCUGUCUGAUAAACAGAGACAGGAAGAUGCCCACCGACUACAUCCGCAACGGCGUGCUCUACGUCACAGAGAAUUACCUCUGCUUCGAGAGCUCCAGCUCGCGGUCGAGCUCCUACAAGAAGAACAAAGUCAUCAAGCUGGAGGACAUCACGGACAUUCAGAAGUACAAGGUCCUGUCCGUCCUGCCGGGAUCCGGAAUGGGGAUUUCCGUAGCCACGCCCUCCACCCAGAAGCCUAUGGUGUUCGGAGCCAUGAUCCACAGGGACGAGGCCUUCGAGGCCAUCUACACGCAGUACUUAAAAAUCCUGCCCGUGGUGGCCAACCCGGAGACCUAGCGUCCAGCAGGGGGCGCUCCCCCACCCCCCCAGUCCUCACCGCAAGCCGGGAGGGGGCCGGGGGGGAGGUGGGACGGCAGAUUUACACACCCACAUUUACGGGAGGCGCACGCCUCUCGUUCGCUACAGGUGGAGGACUCAUUUCAACCGAUGUUUCUGUUGUGGGGAAGAGGAGGGGGGGUGGUCUGAGAGAACACUGUUAUAUACUGGA